AAAAUAAUAAAAAAACAGCGCUAAUGUUUCUCCUUCGCAAACGCAGUCGCCCCUCACCACUCCUUCGCAAACGCAGUUGCUACUCUCCCCGUAGCAAACACCAAACGAACCCACCAUCACAAUCUGUCGCCACUCACAACAACUACACCAACAACCGCUGACAGAUACCACAAACUAGAGCAGCUGCUUCGACGCCCACAAAUCAGCCCAAAAUCGUAAAUUAAACCCAUCACAACCGCCAUUCCUAGGGGAGAAGGACAAUUUCGGUGGGUGGGCGAGGUAGAGGAGGUGGUUUCGGUGGGUGGGCUAGGUAAGGAAGGUGGUUUUGGUGGUGGAUCUCCCAGAGAGAGGGUGGCCGUUGUUUUUUUUUAUUUUUUUAUUUUUUUUACUUAAUUUUUCUGUUUUUUUUUUAUUUUUUUUUAAUUUUAGACUAAUUGAGUGGUGACACGUGUGCAAACAAUCCCAAGUCACAAGUUACAAAUGGUAGUCAGUUUAGCCGGUUUCAAGUUAGUUGGGACCAUUGAGAGUAGAUAGGGUGUAAAGGUUGGAUUAUUAAAAAAUAAUCGAAAGGUGGGAUUAUUUUGAGCGGAUGAGGCAAAGGUAAGAAUAUUCCGGACAAUUUUUCAUAGAAUAUUCCCCUACCGCCUCUAUUCUCUUUAAUUACCGUGUUUUUUGAGAAAUAGACACCAAAAAUAUGAGAUGGAGUCAAUAUCUCGAAUUUUCUCCGAAUUAACACCAACAUUACACUCACGGAGUAUUAUGAAACAAAAAGAACACUCAUUGAGACGACUCAUACGGUCAUACCCCAUAUAUUUGACACAAGAUCUGGCCCCCAAAAUUAACAACUCCGCCAUCGUACUUCUCAAUUUCACAAAUCACCGGAAAAACUCGUCAGAAUCAUCACCACUUCACCAACAUCACUCCUCAAAUCACUACAAAAUGCUCUAGUACUUGAAUCACUCAACCAAAGAACCCCAAUCAUAUAAAAUGCUCACCACCACCCAAUCUCCGACCACCACCGUAAUCUUCUCUCUCCUCCUCCUCCUCCUCCACCCCAGCACCUCCUCCCCAAUCCUCGGCCUGGACUCCUUCCUAACCCAACAAUUCCAACUCGACCCUCACGCAUCCAACGACACUCUCCUCUCUCUCCCUUCCCACCUCAAAUUCACCCUCUCCUCCACCGCAACCACCACCCUCGACCACCGCAUCUCCUCCCUCCUCUCUCUCUCCCUCCCAAUCUCCAUCCACAUCAAACUCGUCGGCCCCUCUUUCACCUCUUCCUCCGCCUCAACCCUCUCCUCUUUUCUCUCCGCUUCUCACUCCUCCUCCCCUUUCCACGUCAUCACCCCCUUUGACUCCACCCUUCACCACCUCUCCCUCUCCCACUCCCUCCACCACUACGCCUCUCUCUCCUCCCCUUCUCUCUCUUCCUCUCUCUCCUCCGCCCUCCGCGCUUCUCUUGCCUCUUCUACGUCUUCGCUUCGGUCGUCGCUCUUCUCCGUCGCGUAUUCUGUUGUCGAUGAGAUCAUAGCUGCUGAUUUCCGCCGGGAGAAGCCCCUUCAUGGGUAUACCGUCUAUCUCAUCAAUCUCGGCGCCCAAUCGAAGCCGUAUGCUUAUACGUAUUCGGCUUCUACUGGGGCUGAAUCGUCUUCGCCCUCGUUUACCAAGUGCUUGGGUUCGGUCUGGCAGAGUAAGGAUAGGUACAUUUGGGUUGAUUUAGGUGCCGGGCCGGUGGAUUACGGGCCGGGUCUUUCGGGUGAUGGGGUUCUUCCUAAGGGUGAGUUCCACCCCCUUGCUGCUUUUCACGGGAAGGCGAAAUCGGAUAAGGCGGUGUUGGCUGAUUUAGCUUCGUUGGUUUAUAGUGCUUAUCAGGUAUUGCUUGUUCCUUCUUUAAGAAUUCCUGUUCCUUUUGAGAAUAACCUUGUUGUGCAGUUUAUUCAUGUUGUUGGGAGUGAUAGUAAUGAUCAUAAUAGUUAUGGGUUGGAUUGGAAAUUGAUUGAGAACGCUUUGUCUGAUGAGGGUUUGUUGCUUGGGGAUCAGUCCUUGAGUUUUAAGAAGUAUGAGAUUAAUUAUAAGGAGUGUGCUUUGUGUUCUUUUGCUGUUUCCAAGUCAAAAAGCUCGUAUACCAGUAGGUUUCUGUUUGAUAACUAUACUUUGAUUGUGAGUGAGUAUGUGGACUCGAAGAAGUUGCAUCAGAUACUGUCUGAUUCGGCUGAUGAGUUUAAGAGGUUGGCGGGUGUUCAUGAGGAGGAUGAUUUUAAGAGGGUUAUCCCGGUGUAUGUAUUCGAUUUGGAUGAUAAUACGUUGCUUAUGCUUGAUCGGUUUCAUCAAUCUGUUGCGUUUAAGGAUAUGGUGAUUGCGAUUAGGACAAGGAAUACUCAGACUGUGAGCGAUUAUAGUUGUAAUGGGCGUCAUGUUUUUACUCAGACUAGAGAGCUUGAAAGGCCGAUUAUUGGAUCAGUCUUGCAGAGUAUGUGGGGUGUGUCUCCAACCCAUUUGAGAUGGAGCCCCAGGCAUAAUACCACUUUGGUUGAUUAUACUUGGAGUGUUGGGCAGACUCCAUUUGGACCGUUCUCGGAGAUUUCUUCUUUGUCGUUUGUGCAAAAGGAUGCUGCUCGAAGGAAUGUUCUUUUGACCACUUUGAAUUAUACGGUUUCGAGUGCCAUAGAAGUCCUUCAAUCUGUUAAGGCACAUGGUGGGUAUCAGAGGCUAUUGAAGGAUAACCAGGUUACUGAAUUCUCACAGAGGUGGUCUCUUUUUAAGUAUAAGCUGGAUAAGAUGAUUACAGCGCUGUCCCAUUUGGAAUUUGAGUUGGCCUCAUAUUACUUGAGAUCAUCAGAACAUGACUUGUAUGCUAUGCACUCAAUUAUCUAUCGUGCAUCACAGGAGUUGGAUGCUUCACUUGUGUGUUUCACAGAUCCACCAGUUCCAUGGGCCUCUGUGUCUAUGUCAGCUGCAACUUUUAUCAUUCUUUGUUUUGUUUAUGCUAAAAGGGACAAGUUCUUCAAGAACAAAACAAAGCAGUUCUAAAGCAUCAAAAGGGGUUGUAAUAUUGAACAGGAUGAGCACAUGUAUCUCUAUUGGAGGCAGGCUACCAGCUGUCUAUGGGAUGGAAAGAAAACAAAGCUAGCAGAGGAAAUAAAGAGAGAGAGAUAGAGAGCAGUCACGCCUAGGUUAAUUGCUUACCAGAUGAUAUGCUUGUUGAUUCUGUUGCUGUUGGCAGAUUGGUGAUUGGAUGGUGAGGUAGAUGUCGACGAUAGUAAUUGUGAUGUACAAACUCAAUACUAUGUCAUUAUAUAAAGAACUUUUGGACCAAAACAUUGUUACCUAUAAAUUGGUAUGCAAUUGGGUAAACCAAUUCAUAUCAACUUCGCAUAUACAUAAAUUUGAAUGUACAUACAAUUAAUUAUUAUAAUGGUUAAUAAAAUAUCUCCUUUUUCAUGCA